AUGGUCCGUCUUAUCAAGACAGACAAGGCCGAGUCGGAGGCCCUCUAUGUCUUCGCCGACAUUAAGAAGUUCUCGUACUUCGCUAUCAAGAAGCAGAUCAUCGGCUUCGACUUGGACCCCAACAACGGGCAGGUCCUCUUCGACGUUGCCAAGGUCUCGGCCGAGGCCGAGAAGAACAUUGCCCCCGCGGGCAACCACCUCGCCAAGCGCCGUCGUCCCGAGGACGAGGAGGUUGACGAGGAGCACCGCGCUAAGAUGCGCCGCAUCCACGAGUGGCGUGUGCAUCGAAUCGAAGUCUACAUAUAUUAG